UGAGUACCAUGGGCAUCUCUUAUGACUCUCAUGGGGCAUUUAACGCUUUCCUUUUCGUCCUCUUGCAUGUUGUGGACAUGUUACAUGUUGUAAUACCAACGGCGAGAGUGAUUCAGUGAAAAGGCGUUUUGUACGACUCGGAGAAGCAAAAAACUACUACAGCGCGGUGCAUAUAAAUUUCAUUUUACCUUUAAUGAGAUUUUUAGACGUGUGAAAAAUUUAUUACUCAGUCCGAUAUUUGAAACCGUCCUACAUUUAUUGACCUCUUGCGUGACAACAAACUCGUCGAGUGAUUUCCCUGUGAAACAAAAUGGCGUCUGAUCACGUCGUGGCUGGUUUCCCAACGAUAAACUAAAUCGUUUCGGGAUACUUGGAGAUGUUUUAAAGCUAUUUCGUCGCUAGGGGAUGGAGUAAAUUUGAGAUAUGUCUGACACAGAGGAACCUAAGAAAAAGCACGCGAGACUUGAAAAUACUGAGGAGAACGACCAGGAAUAUGUAGAGAAAACAUUACUAGAACAGCUAAAUCAUUUACAAAAGGUUCUGACAACCAUUUUAACUGAAGCACAGCAAAAUGCUGAAGAAUCAAUGGAGGAGUUUGUUGCAGACAAAGUGCGUAAAAUGGGGGCUAUGAUUGGACAUUACUCUGAUGCAUUUCAAACACUGAAUGUUAUGUCAAGAAGAGAUAUAGAUGAAGAAGUUGCCAAGGUCUGUCAUGAUAAAUCUAUUCGAGAUGCAGCUGACGAACUCUUUCAGGCUGAGGACGAAUGGAACUCUUUCCUAGAAGAAACAGAUGCAAAGAUAAAUCCUUUAUGUAAAGACAAGGCAAAAGAAUUAGUGGAAGGCUCACACGGCCCUUGUGAUCUGAAACUUAUUGAUGUUCAUACAGAAAGGGAAUUCUCCAUUCAGGAUUUGCUAACAUCCACAUCUACAGUUUUUAUACUUUUGCGCCACUUUGCAUGACUGCCAUGACGUGACCAUGUGGCCCAAGUUGAGUCACAAAAGACAAAAUUUGAGGCCUUGAAUGGAGAAGUCCUUAUUAUUAGCUUUGGAAAUUUGGAAGGAGCAAAAAAAUGGCUUCAAGAUACAAACUGUGAGUUCAGGAUGUUUGUUGACCCAGAACGUCAGCUGUACAAUGCGCUUGGUCUGAAACGCUCUGUGGCUAAAGUUUGGAGUAUCUCUGCCCUAGUUUACUAUGCAGAGCAGAAGCGUGCUGGCAGGAAACUUGUGGCCAUGUUUGAUGAAGAUGACCCCACCCAGAUGGGUGGAGACUUUGUGUUCGAUAAAAAUGGUAAACUUGCACUAAUCCAUCGCAGCAAAGUCUCCACAGACAGACCCUCAGUGGAGAAUCUUCUGAAGUGUGUUAGGGAUCUUAGUGUGCUUAAGAAUAAAGAGAACAGUUAAAGUGGCUCUGUCACCUUGCCGUUGAGAUAUAAUUUUGCUUGUUUCUGCUAACCAAGAGCCUUGAAUAGGCCACACUGCAGCUGUCAGUAGAUCCAUUCUCAUGGUAAUUUAGUGUGUUGUUAGUGGCAUUUUUCACCAUGUUGACUGCUUCAUAAGGAAGCUUUCGUGAACUUUUUUUCAAUUGACUGCAGCACUGUUUAUUUGCUUAGUAUAUUAUAGAUGUGAAAAUAUCACGGCUAAAAGCACAUACAGCUCAUGAGUAAAUAGAAGCUGAGAAUGAUAGCUUUGACUGAAACAGUCAAUGAAGUCACUGCUGGAAGGAGAAGCUUCAUAUAUGAGCUGUUAAGCUAAAAAAGUAGGAAGAGGAUUAUUGUUUUGAUGUGCAUUCAUCUUUUACAAGGUUUUUAGCGAUGUGUAAGAAUAAAGAAAUAGAUAGUGUUAGUAAA